CACCGCUGGCGUCGCUUACCGGCCAAAACGCUUUUUUUUUUUUGUUAGGAAGGCGUACCCCCGCCUCCCCAUUUUUUUAGGCAGGUUUUCCACAGCUCUUUUCUUUUUUAAUUGUUCGGUGAAAAAGGCAGAAUUAAAAAAAAUAAAUGUGUGCACUGUCUCUUUAAGAUCCCUUGACUGGUCCGCUUCGUAUUGAUCAAUCCACCAUUUUCCAACACAGUCAGCGGCGGCGGCGUUAGCGACGGCGGCGAGAGAAACCCCUACCUGGAGACACCAGGACCGGGGCCAGCCAUGGCAGCGAAUAUGUACCGGGUCGGAGACUAUGUUUACUUUGAGAACUCCUCCAGUAACCCGCUACUGAUCAGGAGAAUAGAGGAACUCAACAAGACAGCGAAUGGGAACGUGGAGGCCAAAGUAGUAUGUUUCUACAGACGCAGGGACAUCUCCGCCACGCUCAUCGCCCUAGCAGACAAACAUGCACGCGAGCUGGAAGAGGAGAUGGAAAAUCCUGAGAUGAUGGACCUCCCUGAGAAACAGAAGCACCAGCUGAGACACAGAGAGCUCUUCCUCUCAAGACAGCUGGAGUCUCUGCCAGCUACGCACAUCAGGGGAAAGUGCUGUGUGACCCUUCUGAAUGAGACAGAGACCCUCAAAUCCUACCUUGACAGAGAGGAUGCGUUUUUCUACUCACUGGUGUAUGACCCUCAGCAGAAGACCCUGCUGGCUGAUAAGGGAGAGAUCAGAGUGGGAAAUAAGUACCAGGCAGAAAUCGCCGAUCUCCUCAAAGAGGGUGAGGAGGAUGGCCGGGAGCAGGCCAAACUGGAGGAGAAGGUGUGGGAUCCCAGCAGCCCCGUCACAGAGAAGCAGAUCGACCAGUUCCUCGUCGUGGCUCGGUCUGUGGGGACGUUUGCGCGGGCUCUGGACUGCAGUAGUUCUGUUCGGCAGCCCAGCUUGCACAUGAGUGCUGCGGCAGCCUCCAGGGACAUCACGCUGUUCCAUGCCAUGGAUACGCUACACAAGAACGGCUACGACAUGACGCGAGCCAUCGCGGCGCUGGUGCCUCAGGGCGGGCCUGUGCUCUGCCGCGAUGAGAUGGAGGAGUGGAGCGCCUCCGAGGCCAACCUGUUCGAGGAGGCGCUGGAGAAAUACGGCAAAGACUUCGCCGACAUCCAGCAGGACUUUUUGCCCUGGAAGUCUCUGACUAGCAUAAUCGAGUACUACUACAUGUGGAAAACUACAGACAGAUAUGUUCAGCAGAAGCGGUUAAAAGCAGCUGAGGCUGAGAGCAAGCUGAAGCAAGUCUACAUCCCUAACUACAACAAGCCAAACCCCAACCAGCUGAGUGCGAACAGCGUGAAGCCGGGACUGGUGAAUGGUGCCGGGGUGGCGCCGGGGACAGCAGGCCAGCCGCCUGGGCUGGGCCGUGCUUGCGAGAGCUGCUACACCACAAACUCUUAUCAGUGGUACUCAUGGGGGCCGUCAAACAUGCAGUGUAGGUUAUGCGCCUCCUGCUGGACCUACUGGAAGAAGUAUGGCGGCUUGAAAAUGCCUACGAGACUGGACGGAGAGCGGCCCGGGCCCAACCGCAGUAACGUGAGUCCUCACGGUGUGCCGGUGAGACACAGUGGAAGUCCGAAGUUCGCAGUGAAGACUAGGCAGGCAUUCUAUCUGCAGACCACCCAGCUGACCCGCAUGGCCCGGCGCGUGUGCCAGGACCUGCUCCGCGCCCGCUACCUGGCCCGCCAUCCCUACACUCCUGUCAAUACGACGGCCAUCAAAGCGGAGUGCGCAGUGCGGUUGCCAGAUAUGUCCAAAAAACCCAUAUCUUUGAAGCAGGCAGUACGGAAGCCUCUGGAGUCUGUGGUUAGAUAUCUGGAGGCCCACCCGUGCCCUCCGAAACCAGAGCCCCCUCGAGGAGCCUCCAUAUCCACGGGCAGCCUGACGCCCAUCAAGUCCACACCCAUCCUCAACAACGGCUCGCCCACCAUUCUGGGCAAGCGCACCUAUGAGCAGCACAACGGCCUGGAUGGAUCCAAACCCAAAGCGCUGGGCCCCCAGUGGGACAUCAUGUCCAAGCGUUUGUCCGAGCAGGGCCGCCCACCCCCUGCCAUGCAGGACAAUGAGGUUCAUGAACUUGACUGACCCCCUUUGUGGUCUCUCCCAACUGUGCUUCAGAAUGCAGAACAGGUGCAUAGAGAGGUGGUAUUCCAGCCCUCAGUGUUGAAGGAUCUAGGAGAGGAUCUGUGCUCAACUAGGGCUCUGUUAGGGCUUGGGUCGCUUAAAGACUUGAAACAAAAACAAAGCCUUAUGGGCUAGAACAGGCUUUGGCCAAUGAUGGAACUGACCUGACUGUACAGGACUGUGUUCAAUAUUUACCAUAUAUUGCUACUUCUGAUUAUUAUUAUUAUUAUUAUUAUUACAAGUCUUGUUAUUUUUUUAACCAAAUGUAAUCAUUUGCUUUUUAGUUAAACAUUGAUAAAACAAAGAAAUUGAAAUGUUUCUUGUUACAGCUUGCUCAUGAGCCCAAGGAGGAAAACGUGGCCAGACAUGUUUGCCUCUUGCAUUAUUUUCUAACAUGUAAUAACUGCUCAGAAAAAAAAAGAAAAGAAAAAAGAUUGGUGGUUUCUUUCAGUACUAUUAUUUUUGCUUUUGUUUGUGUUGGAUUGGAUGCUUGUACUCAUUUCCAUUAGUCCGUCCUGCCCUGACGCCGUCGGCGUUUAACUUAUUGAUAAAGAUGACGGAAUAUGCUCUUUUUCUACUUUUUCACAAGUAUUGCAUCUAUGCUUCUAUGAUGUAAUUAAAAUAAGUUGUUUCUCUUUUGUGAAUAUGUAAAUGAAAACAUGGAGGCAUUAUUGUACAGUGGUGCAUUUUGGGCCUCUGGUGUUUAUUGAUGCUUGUUAUAAUGAAUUUGCCAUGUACAGCAUAUCCUUUUUGUAAGGAAACGCUCUUACAUAAAUGGAGAAUUGUUCAGAGAUGACUGGAGUUCUACAACGGUACUGCUCCCUGAAUACAGUGCACCUUCUUAAGAGUUAUACCAUA